ACAACACAACAGCGAGGAAGAUUUUUAUGCCAUUCAAAACAGGCAAUAGACUUUGACUCCUCAAGAGUACUUGUGAAUCGGACCAAAUAUUUGAACGGUCGACGAUGGAAUAUUGUCAGCGUUUCAUUUGAAAAUAUCAAAACAAGACGAAUGUUUCUUCGUGACAUUGAGACAAAUUGAGCCGUGUUUCGUGUUUUGUGUUAGCCCGUCCAAUGGCGCAGGAGGUGGAGAACUUCUUUGGCGUAUACAUGCUGUACUGCCUCAACCCCAAGUUUAAAGGGCGAAUCUACAUCGGCUUCACGGUGGAUCCUGAACGCAGGCUGAGGCAACAUAAUGCCGGGCGCCACAAAGGAGGGGCCAAGAGAACCAGCGGCAGAGGACCAUGGGAGAUGGUCCUCAUCAUACAUGGCUUCCCCUCUGACAUCGCUGCCUUGACAUUUGAGUGGGCAUGGCAGAACCCGCACUCCUCCCGGCGCCUCGCCCACGUCUGCCGGCGCGGCAGGAAGGAGUCCGGCCUGCAGUUCCACUGGCGCGUGGUCUCCAACAUGCUGCGCGUGGCCCCCUGGAGCAGGCUGCCACUGACGGCUCGCUGGCUGAAGCGAGAGUACAAGGUGGACUUUGAGCCCGCUCUUCGGCCCCCGCCGCACGUCUCCCUCGCCUUCGGGGCCGUCAGGGCCAAGAAGCAGCGGCCGGUAGACACGUGUGAAGACCGGGAGGAGACUUGCAGGUGUUUUCUCUGCAAUGGCCCCCUCAUGACUUGGGAAAAGCUGCGUUGCGUCCACGCGUCGUGCGGAAUGCGCAGCCACGUGAUCUGCCUGGCCAAGCGCUUCCUGCGGCCCGAGCCCUCCCACCUCCUGCCCGUCGGGGGUCGGUGUCCCGCCUGCCACCGCGACGUGCUGUGGGGGAAUCUCAUCCGCGUCAAGCAAGGCUGCGCCGGAGACGCGUGACACUUGACUUCGUUGGCCUCCCAAGUAAGCUAUCCCGCCUUUGAUUGAUGGCGUCUUUUUAAAUGGGUGGAUUUUUUUUUUUCUUGAGACUUCGGCAUCAAUGCCGCGUGUCUAACAUGUCCACUAUGGUGAACGCAUGUUCCAUCCGUGACUGUGUUCAGUCAUUUCACCACUGAACAGGAAUCGAGCAGCUUCGCCCGAGGCCAGUGACUCAUUUGAGCUUUGCGCCUUCCACAGGAUGACGGGACAAGAAAGAAGUCGUUGACCCGGUCACCUUUUUCAACCCUCAAAUAAUCCUGUUGCAUCAUUUUUAUAGCGCUCUGAUCAUGAACUGGCCCGAACCACCACGUUUAUUUAUCCGUUUUUUAUAAGGCUAUUUAUAACACCGCAAAAACGAGUUUUAAUUAAACGGUAUUUGAAAUGGAGUGCGGCUUUAAAGCCCCAACGGGUAGUCCAGGGGUGCCCAACCCCAAAAUUGUACAUGAAACACAGUUUGACAAAGAGGAAUAAAAGUCCAAAAAGACAACAUGGCAACAAGCUCUGAUCGCAAGUGGCCGACCGCUAACGACUUGCGGAGAUGCUUAUAUGCGCGCCACCAUAAGCUAAAGGUGACUUGCUUUUUAAUUGUAUUUUUUUCAACAUAUAGGCAUGUUUUUUGUGAGAGUGAAACUGAUAAGAUGCUUCAACAAAAAUACAGGAUAUUAGUAACACGCACAUCUUUUUUUUUUCUCUCGAUUUCUCCCGACGCCACCGGCGAUCGAUUCGGGACCAGUCCGCGCAGGCUACCGCUCCGUCGACGUACUGGGCACCCCUGAUGUCGUCAAUCCACUUGACUGGAGACAUUGAAAGGGCACGCGAACCCUUCACGGUUUCACCAAAUGUUUGGGAAAGAAAUUUACGAUUCCACUUCCCGUCAUCAAUUUAAAUGGACGGACGGUACACAGGGGCUGACUUUGAAUCACAAUCCUAAGCCUCCGUUGCGUGGACAAAGUGCAGAUGGAAACCAGAACGCACAAGAUCGGGACUCGUCACCAGUGAGGGGAUCUCAUCCUGCGGCGGCCGGGGAUCCGCUCAGCUCAUGACAAACAAGCGAAUGAACAGAAAAGGCACGGAAGAAGAAA